UUGCCUCGAUUGCUCGAGCCUCGUUGACUCGAAUGAAUGGCUUUCAGGCCAUCGACGGAAACGCCCGAACUCUGACGGAAAAUCACGAGACUGCUCUCCGGCUACACCGACCGCCCGAACACCGCCGACCGACCGAUUCGAUUUUACCGCAUCUUUAUUCGUCACACCUUCCUGCCCAACACCCGGCCGGCCACCUAUCCGAUCAUCCGGAUAUCAUUUGCCCACUGACGUCAACUUCCGGAUCCGCACGGAGAUGUCGCGAGUUUCACGGAACGGAGAAUGUUAGAGAUGUAUGCGCAGGGGAUGAAGAAGACGAAUCAUGCGUGAUCGCGAUGGAGGAAGCAGACUCGUCCAUCAACGGUUUCGUUAACGACGCCGUCUCGUCCGCUGAGCGAGACUUUGGCAAGGGUAUUAUUAAGGUCGACGUUUCAACCGUCGAGGUCGACAGGGUGUACGAAGAUGAGAGCUACGACACAGCCUGCGCCGUCCUUUACCGAGGCGUCAGUUUGAUCCUGGACAUGACUUGGACCGGUUGGAACAGGAUUCGCGAAAUAGCCGCGGAUUCGGCGGUAGCUUACGUGCGAGGAGACGCUGUCCUGACGCCCUUCGUCCAGGCGAUGGACGACCUCCUGGUGGCGAAAAACGCGACCGACGCUGCGUUGAUAUUCGAAACUGAAAAAGAACUAAACCAGACCCUUUACUACCUCAUCGGGUACUCCAUCAUUCGAGUCGUAGUUUUGGACGAGCUUAACGAAGCCUCGACGAUGAAGGUCAGAGCCAUGCGACCCUCUCCUACCUACUACGUCAUCUACGCGACGUCCGCGAACAUGGAGACGUUGUUCAAGGCGGCAAUCGAUGGCGGAUUGGUGAGAAGAGACGGUACUUGGAACCUUGUAUUCACCGACUACAAUUACCAAGAUUUCCGAUACAUCGCCGGCGAUUUGGAAUUGAACGUUUCCAUCAAUAUCCUGACAAUGAAGAACGAGGUCUGCUGUAGAUUGAUCGGAGAGUCACCAUGCACCUGCCCGAAUGACUUUCAGGCAAGUGGGAAAUCACUGACCGAGACCGAAACCUACCUCUCCGCGAGUAUCGGAGUGCCUGCCUGUAAUAUAUACCCAUCCCACCGAUCCCUCAUCUUCUUUGUCGAAACAGUUCACUGUACCUACGCAAAAGAAAGAAAGAAAGAAAGAAAGAAAAAAAGAAAGAAAGAAAGAAAAAAGAAAAAAGAAAUAUGGCGGGAGAACAAACGCACUGCACUUUUAUCCACAUUUCCGCGGUACUUUAAACGCUUGAUCGGUUUGUUGAUCAGCGUGAUGAGCGAGGUUCAAAAAUCGGGGGUCACAGUUGAGCCGAAGGUAAUUAAUUGCAAGAAUAAGGAAGACGUCUUGACGGAUAACACGACCGUCGAAGCCUUCAAGAAGAAUUUAUUAACGAAACUGAGCACCAAUCACACCUUCGAAUACCUGCCCGAUCGGAAUUUGAUAACUUAUCGGGCGGAGAUCGAGCUGAAAACACUGACUCAGGGUCGCCUGCAGAAGGUCGGCGAAUGGAACAGGCAGCACAAAAUAACGACUGAUAAGGGAAUGGAAAUCACACCUGCGAGGAGAUUUUUUCGCAUCGGUACUGCGCAGAUGAUACCUUGGUCUUAUGUGAAAAAGAACGUGGAAACCCAGCAGCCGGUCUUGGACGAUGAAGGCAAGGAGGUGUGGGAAGGAUACUGCAUCGAUUUGAUGAAGAAACUCGCGGAGACGAUGGACUUUGAUUACGAAUUGGUGAUACCGUCAAGCGGAGGUUUCGGGGAGAGAUUACCGAACGGCAAAUGGACAGGGAUAGUCGGAGAUUUGCUUCGCGGGGAAAUCGACAUCGCUGUAGCGCCGCUCACGAUGACGUCGGAAAGGGAGGAAGUAAUAGAUUUCGUAGCGCCUUAUUACGAACAGUCGGGAAUCCUAAUCGCUAUUCGGAAACCAGUGAGGAAGACCUCGUUGUUCAAAUUCAUGACCGUAUUAAGACUCGAGGUUUGGCUCAGCAUCGUCGGGGCUUUGACUGUGACCGGGAUAAUGAUUUGGCUGCUGGACAAGUACUCGCCUUACAGCGCGCGCAAUAAUAAAAAUCUCUACCCUUAUCCGUGCAGGGAAUUCACCCUGAAGGAGAGCUUCUGGUUCGCCUUAACGUCAUUCACACCUCAAGGCGGAGGCGAAGCUCCGAAAGCUCUUUCUGGUAGAACUUUGGUCGCCGCUUAUUGGCUAUUCGUCGUUCUCAUGCUCGCUACAUUCACAGCGAAUUUGGCCGCCUUUUUGACCGUCGAAAGAAUGCAGUCCCCGGUGCAGUCGUUGGAGCAGCUGGCUCGACAGUCCCGCAUAAAUUACACUGUGCUUGCAAAUUCGCACGUUCAUCAGUACUUCAUAAACAUGAAAAACGCCGAGGACAAAUUGUACACAGUAUGGAAGGAGAUAACGCUAAACAGUACCAGCGAACAGGUGGAAUACAGAGUAUGGGAUUACCCGAUAAAGGAACAAUACGGCCAUAUAUUACAGGCCAUCACACAGGCUGGCCCAGUCGAAAGCGCUCGUGCCGGAUUUCAGAAGGUGAUCGACAGUGAAAAUGCGGAAUUUGCUUUCAUCCACGAUUCGGGUGAGAUUAAAUACGAGGUUACGAAAAACUGCAACUUGACCGAAGUUGGGGAAGUUUUUGCCGAGCAGCCAUACGCGAUAGCUGUUCAGCAGGGAAGUCAUCUUCAGGAAGAGAUUAGCAAAAGAAUACUAGACCUACAAAAAGACAGAUACUUCGAGACGUUGUCAUCGAAAUAUUGGAAUCAGUCUCUCCGAGAAUCCUGUCCGAAUUCCGACGACAGCGAGGGAAUAACGUUAGAGAGUUUGGGCGGAGUGUUCAUAGCUACUCUAUUCGGCUUGGCCUUGGCGAUGAUCACUCUAGCCGGUGAGGUGAUUUUCUACCGUAAGCGAAAAGUUUCGCGAAAAGAGCAGCCGCCGGCGGUGAUUAAGUCACGAAAAAUACCGACCCUCCAGAUGAAACCGGCGCCUGUUGUUUCCCUCGUCGACAGGCCGAUGAAAAACAUUCAGCCCCGGGUUUCCCACAUUUCCGUUUACCCCAGACAUUUUGCGUUCAAGGAAUAUGGAUCAGCAAACAAGUUUACUAUAGAGGUAAAGAUAAUCACUCGUGUGUCUCAGACGACGAACCAUUCCCCAUCGGUCAAGAUGGGACUUCUACGCAAGCAGAUGUUGGUGUUCCUCGCGGGUUUAAUGUCACUGGCCAACGCUAAUUACCAUUACGAGCGUUACAACGUGUUCAAUUUCGACGGAGCUGAAGAGCCGAACCGGAAGCCAUGGUUCUUCGAGGAUUACUCGAGUCCCUACAAGCGGCAGGAGGGUGGUGGUGGGUUCCACGAACCGACGAAGAAAGCCUCGAAGGAAGCGUACGAAGACCCGGUGGAAGCUUACUUCACCGCGAGCACCAACGAAGCGCCGGACAAGAAAAACUUGGACUUCAAGAAGGCCGUUUCCGCCUUCUACACAUUGACGGACGCCGACCCUGAGAUAUACAAGUCGAUAAUCAUGAAGUCCGGAGCGCCUUACUGCCAGGAAACGAAGAACAAGGUGCCGAACAACAAGGUGACGAAGAAGCGGUACCGCAGAGACGCGAUGACUUGCUACAAGUGCAAGGACCCGAAGAACGGAGCGACUUACGAACAGUGCUCGUACACAUCCGAGCCCCAGGCCAGCUUCACCGUGAAUCGUUACCAGUCGCCUCCCAGUCAGCUGAGGUACCGGCGAUCCAACGCCCGGAAGGAGAAGACUGAGGUUGUUGGGGGGAAGAAGUCCGGGGAGAAGGUUCCGGAGUACCGUUUCGCCGAGGAGUACUUUGUCCCCGCGUCAUCCGAGGAGGUUCCCACCGAGUACAAGAAGAAGAGCGAGCACUGCAGCAAGGUCGUCAAGGACUCGAUGGUGUGCAUGGUCUGCAAGGACCCCGAGACUAACGGCAAGUACGAACAAUGCUCGUACACCAACCAGCCCGACGACAAGGCCUACGCCUACAGCAAGUCCAGCUCGUUCGGUCGGCCCCACGACGAGGAGAAGCAAGCCGACGAGUCCAGGGUACCAAGCAAGUCUACGAAGAGGACUCACCAACCGAAGGUCGAGUCCUCCUACGACGGCUCGCAUCCGGAAAUGGACAAGUACAUCGAGGAGCAGUCAGCGGCGAUCAGAGAACGUGUACCGAAACGCAGGAGCGACGCCCUCGUAUCCGAGGAAAGCGAGAAGCUCGAGUCCGGCUCCGAGGACAUGACCGACGGUAGCUGCAAGAAGAUCGUCAAGGGCUCGAUGGUCUGCACCGUAUGCAAGGACCCGAAGACCAGCGGCAGCUACGAGCAGUGCGCCUACGCCAACCACCCCAGUGACAAGGUCUACCAGUUCAGCAGGCAGAAGUCCUUCGGGUACCCUGGAGGCCAGGAGCAGAAAUCCUCACCGCAGAAGGCCUCGAACACCGAGACGCCAGCUUCCUACUCCAGCGAUACCGCUGGUUAUUCGGGCGGCGAUUAUACGGGGUACCAAGGACCCAGUGCAGACUACUACCAGCCCAGUGCCCAGCAGAAAUCGGAGCACCGAGAGUACCAGGGUGGCGAAGAGCCCGAGAAGUAUUACGAGAAGAAGCAGAGCUACGAUUACGUCCCUGAGUACAAGGUAGCGGGAGACGGACCGUCGGUCGAGCAUGUCAAGUCCGAGUCCGAGAAAAUAGCGGAGGAGAUAAAGGGGUCCGAUGGUUGUAGGAAGGUCGAGAAAGACUCGAUGACGUGCACGGUGUGCAACGACCCGAAAACCGGCGGCGACUUCGAACAGUGCUCGUACACUUACCAGCCGAAUGACAAAGUCUUCUCGUUCAGCAGCGCCAAGUCCUUCGGAUCGCCGGAUCCGGCGGAGAAGAAGAGCCAGGACUACGGAUCCUCCGGGUCCUCGUCGUACGGCGAUGACCGCGGGAGCUACGGCGAUGCUUCGGACAACAAGCCGCACGUGACAAGCGGCGAGACGCAGAGCAAGGAAGUCGCCGAAUCAAGCGGCGAGGCUGGUGUUCAGAACCCCGUCAACGUCGACGUUCAAUUCUUUAGCACAAAGGAGAAGAAGAAGGAGAUAGCCAAGGUGCUCAGCGACUUCCAACAGGAGGACAGGUCCAAGUGCAAGAAGGUGAUUCGUGACAAACUCACCUGCUACCAGUGCGUCGAUGACGACGGUAUGCAGAAGGAGGAGUGCAUCUUCGUCGCUGAACAGGAACCCGCCAAGGACCGGGUCGCCUAUCACGAAGUCAAGGAGUACCAGCUCGACCCCGCACCCGCCGCAGCUUCCGUCAGUCUACCCGAAGAGUAUCGCGUGAUCAAGUCGAGCAGCAACGGUUCGCCGCUUGCCCCGAAGAAGAGGAAGACCAGGAAAACUCGUCCCGUCAAAUACUUAUACCUCGACGAUGCCGCUUCUUCGGCCACGGAAAACGAGGAACAGCAGAGCGAUCCCAGGGGAGAGGUCUUCGAGGAUCCGAUCGAGGUGCAGGAAAACGAGGAACAGAAGACCGUCCCGUACGAUAUUGACGAGGAGACUAAACCCGUCUUCGACAAAGCCCUGGGCAUGACUUUGCCCCGCUAUAUGUUGACCACUUCCGAACACGAGGCGGAAUUCGACAAGGUUGUCGCAUCCGGUUAAAAAUUGCACAUUAUUGCGACGAUGAACUUGUUAGAUUAUAAAAUGUGAUUCACGCUGAGUGUAUUUGUACUUUGUUUUAAUUUUUUUUUUCUUGUCCAACGUAACGCAAUUCUCUCCCAUAUAAGUGGUGAUUUUAUUUGAGGAUCGAUUUAACGUGAGAGAUCGUCGUGAAAAUUUAAUCAACGUGCCUAUGCUUGUUACGAAUAUCGCUGCAGGCUACAGCAAUAAAAUUGCAAAUUAUUUUUCAAUUUAUUGAAUAAAUGAAUGUAAUAAAAUUUUACCAGCUUCGCACGUAUGGAGCAUAAAUAUCGUUUUG